AUGGCCGCUGCUUUGGCAGUUGUAUUUUUGGGAGGAACGGUUGUCAUGACACCGACAGUUUAUCUCCCAGGAGAGCUGCUUUAUAUGAUCAAAGACAGCGGGUGCAACUAUCUUUUCGCUGAUCAUAAGUCUGCGCCUAAGGCCCUCGAAGUGAACAAAGACUUUUAUCUCAAGGUCGUACAUCUCGACAGUGGUGAACCUUUGAAGGCUUACGAAAGAGGUGAGAUUCUGGCCCAAGGAAACAACAUGAUGAACGGAUACUACGGAAAGCCUGAAGCCACAAACACCGCUUUCACCACCGACGGUUGGCUACGUACUGGCGACCUUGGCUACUACGAUGAUACUGGCCGCAUUUACGUCGUCGAAAGGCUGAAGCAGAUGAUUAAGGUCUUGGACCAUCACGUGACACCAGCGGAGAUCGAGGAACUCUUGCUCACUCAUGCUGCGGUUGCUGAAGUGGCUGUGGUCGGUAUUCCGAGCCAAGAACACGGAGAGACACCCGUCGCAUGCGUUGUGCUUAACAAGUCGCACAGAAGGAAUUCUCAAACCGUGGAAACAGAGUUAAUGCAGCUUCUGACAGAUAACACGACUGUGCACAAGCAUCGUUUCACGAGUAUUGCCUUCUGGGACUCCCUUCCUAAGACCGACACCGGCAAGAUAUUGAGACGGGAACUAAAAAUCAUUCUGUCGAAUUUGCAGUCCAAAGAAAAAUAA